AUGACUGAGGCACCGGAGCUGGGCCCCGGGGAGAGCCCCCCGUCCCACAGCCCGGGGGAGCUGCCCAAGCCCCUGGAGACGUGGAAGAAAGGAGGGCGGAUGCUGUCGGUGCUGCUGGCCUUGAACACCCUGCUGCUGGCCUGCACCCUCAUCAGCAGCGGCGCCUUCAACAAGGUGGCCGUGCACGACACGGACGUCUUCGCCCUGCUGGUCACCAUGAUGCUGCUGGCCGUGGUCUGGAUUCUGGCCCACCUCCUGCACACGGCUCGCCGCCCCGACGCCGUGCCCUACCGGGACCCCCACGCCGGGCCCAUCUGGCUCCGAGGCGGACUGGUGCUGUUUGCUGUGUGCACCUUGGUCAUGGAUGUCUUCAAAACCGGCUACUACUCCAGCUUCUUCGAGUGCCAAGCGGCCAUUAAGAUCUUGUUCCCUAUCUUCCAGGCCAUAUUUGUCAUCGUGCAGACGUAUUUCCUCUGGGUCUCGGCUAAGGACUGCAUUCAUGCCCACCUGGAUCUGACUCGGUGUGGUCUCAUGUUCACACUGACCACCAACUUGGCUAUCUGGGCACUGGCAGUGGUGGAUGAGUCCAAACAUCAGGGGCCCAGUAGCCACUCCAGCUCCAACUCCAAUGCUGGUCACGCCCUCCUUCUCUCCCCCAUUGAGCGCGGGGGCGGCGCCAGGAGCAGCGAGGGGGACCAGUGCACCUGCAACACCACCGUCUGCCACGUGUUCGAGCAAGGCUACUUCUACCUGUACCCCUUCAACAUCGAGUACAGCCUGUUCGCCGCCACCCUGCUCUACGUCAUGUGGAAAAACGUGGGGCGGCUGCUGAGCCCCGGGCACGGGCACGGGCACGGACACGGGCACGGGCACGGACACGGGCUCGGGCAAGGCCUGUCCCAGCGGACCCUGCUCGUGGGGCCCCUGCUGGGGCUGCUGCUGUUUGUGGGAGGCCUGGGGGUGUUUGUGGUGUACGAGGUGCAGGUGCGCAGCGACGGGGGGAGCCGGACCCGGGACGCCCUGGUCCUCUACUAUUCCUUCCACAUCGUCUGCCUGGGGCUCAUGUCGCUGGGCAGCCUCGGGGGCUCCAUCUUGUACCGCCUGGACCGCCGGACGAUGGACCAGCACAAGAACCCGACCCGGACCCUGGACGUGGCCCUGCUGAUGGGCGCGGCCCUGGGCCAGAUCGCCAUCUCCUACUACUCCAUCGUGGCCGUGGUAGCGGGAACCCCCCAGGGCCUGCUGGGCGCCCUCAACCUGGCCCACUCCCUGCUCACCAUCGCCCAGCUCAGCUCUCAGAACGCCUUCAUCAUCGAGAGCCUUCACCGGAGCCCCCCCGAGUCCCAUCCCCAGGAUCCCACGCCGGGCCUCGCCUUCUCCAACCCGGUCGCCCUGCAGGCCCUGCCCGCCUCCCCCGUCUCCGGGCUGGUCCCGUCGGGCAGGGCCCCCGCCGCCGCCGCCCCCGCCGCUCCCCGGCUCGGCUGGAAGCGGAGGUUCCUGAAGGAUCUCUCUCUCUUCCUCCUGCUGUGCAACGUGGUGCUCUGGAUCAUGCCGGCCUUCGGAGCCCGCCCCCAGUUCAGCGACAACCUGGAGCUGAACUUCUACGGCUCGUCCAUGUGGCUAGCCAUCGUCAACAUCUGCCUCCCUUUCGGCAUCUUCUACCGCAUGCACGCCGUCUCCAGCCUGCUGGAGGUCUAUGUGCUAUCCUGA